CUAAUGCAACACAAUCUUGUUGUUUUGCGGAUGCGGAACAUUUAAAAGAAGCAACAACAAGAAUACAUUUGUUGAUUAUGUAUGAAUUGAUUCCAUUGAUUGCAUUAGAUUAUCUAGGAUAGAUUUUGUAGGACUUAACUCGAUGAGUACAUAAGUACUUUAUUUAAUUAAGUGUUCGUUAGGUUUCAUUAUGAGUCGUGUAAGUCAAGCUCAAAUGAAGAAAUUGCUGGACCUCUUGAGUGAGAAUGGUGUGUUAGUCGCUGGUAGAGUGAUGUACACUAAAACAAAUAAACAAAACUUUUGGAAGCGUAUCGCUGUACAGCUGAAUGCGGUGGAAGGAGGUGUUUAUAAAAACACCUGGAAAUGGGCUAAAAUGUGGGCAGACUGGAAGAACAAAACAAAAAAGAAGGCAAAUAUAUUGCUGAAUAGAAAAAACUACCGCACUGAACAACCAACACCUACUUUAACUAAUUUAGAGCUUAGACUCUUGAAGAUGAUCAACUUUCCUAUUGAGGAUAAGAAUGAUGCUAUAACUUUAGAAAUGGUUGUAAGCAAAGAAGAAGGAUCAGAACCAACAGAAGAAUUUCAAACAGAGUUUUUAAAACACAAAUAUGGCGGUGAAGAUACUGAUAUGCACUCACACAAGGGUAAAUCUAAUUCUGAGGAUGAAGUAGAUGAUGAAAAAACAUUAGACUGCUUUAGUAGAGUAGAAAGUAAAUUCUGUGAUGUUGGUGAUAUUUUAGAAGGUGACAAAUUAGAAGAAGAAGAUCUAGGUGAAGAUUCAUCAGAUUUUGAGGAAAAACAUAAAUACCAAGGCAAAAAGACCAAAAAGAGAAAGAUGUCUUUAGAAGAAUAUAAAGUGAGAACAACACUAAAAAUAGAAAAGGAGAGAGUACAACAGAAGAGUGAGGAGUUAAGACUGCGGGCGCUUGAAUUGAAACUGAAAGGAGAAGAGUUAAGACUGAAAGAAAUUGAAAUGAACAAAAUCAAUUAUUUGACAAGUAUUGAGGAGGAAAAACUAAAAUGUUUUCAAGAGAUAUCCACAGCAUUGAAAGAGCUUACAGAAAGGACGAGAAGUGGCACAUUCCGUUAUCACAAUGCUCUUUGAAUGAAGUAUAAAUGUCAUUGUUGUAGUAAAACACUUAAGUAUUAUAAUAUAAAAUUAUAAUUUCAAGAAAAUCAAAACAAAUACUCUUUUACCCAUAUCACUAUUAACAGAAAACAACCUUUUUUACUUAUUAAGU